UUAUUUCUGUUUUCAGUUUGGCUAUUUGAGCCUUACAUUGGUAAUUGCUUUAUUCUCCAAAUGUUUAAUUUGAGUGAAUUUUAAAAUUUCAGGAAAAUAGGUGAUCAUGAUGUAUUCUGGCUCUCCUUAUAUUUGCACAGUUUGGCUAUUUAAACCGACAUUUCACUUCAAUUCAUUAUUCAUUCGUGAAUAGCCCCACUGUUUAAUGAAUGACCCUGAGAGAUACAAGAUGCUUCGUAAGUUUGCACAUGUUUUAUAUUUUCAUACUUAACCAAUUCUAUGGGUCUCAUGUUUGUUUUUUCGUGUGUCUAUGAACCUGCUUCCUCUAAUAAAUAGAUUUUAAUAGAUUAUGGCAGUUUUCCAAUACCCUCCACAGUUUUACCAGCUCUCACACAGUUUUUCAUUUUACUGUAACAUUUGAUCCUUGUCUCGUCAGACGCAUGCAACACGUGUCUUUUGACCACAAGUGCCUUUCCCAGAAUCUAAUGUAUCAUUACAGACUACUUCUCUAUUGUCAUUCCAUAGUCCACCUGCUCCUUAACAGAGGGCUGUUAUCCUAAGGCAGUCCUACAGUUAAUUUACCAUCUAGUAAUUGAAGCUGUUUGUAUUGUUUCAAACUGUUAAAGGAUUGGCUGCUGACUGUGGGAAACUUCAACAAGAAGAGGACUCACAGAUUCAGCUGGUGAUAAGUAAGUAUAAAUAGAAGAUAUUCACAUACGUGCCCAGAAGUCAGAGAACGUGUCUAAAUCAGUGCAGACGGUAUGCACCCAAGUGCCUCUCCCAAACCGACGAUGGAGUCUCUCAAUGGCAACCCGAAAUCCAGAAAUUCUCUUAGGGUCAGGAAGCCAGUGGUGGAGAAAAUGAGACGGGACAGAAUUAAUAGCAGCAUUAAACAGCUAAGGUUAUUACUGGAGAAAGAGUUCCAGAAGAAUCAACCAAACUCAAAAUUGGAGAAAGCGGACAUCCUUGAGAUGACAGUCAACUAUCUGAAACAACAGCACCUUCAAAGGACUGCUGCCACAGGUGUCAUAAAAAGUCAUUUCCAGGACUACCAUCAAGGGUACAACAGGUGCAUGGAAGAAACUUUCCGAUAUCUUGCUCUCACCGAGAAGGAGGCACCAAAAACCAGAAUCCUGAUUGAUCAUCUCAAUGGACCCCUGUCAAUAGCUCAGGAGUUAAAACAAGAAAAUCUGAUGAGAAAGUCCUCAUGCUCAACACCAUCAAUAUGGAGGCCGUGGUAGAGAAUUGACCUCUUAACAACUCCACACUGGAAUUUCUACACAUUGCAGUUCUUCCAUCACGAGACAUUUAAAAAAAUCAGAGGAGCAAACUAGGGCAUAUUAAAUGACCGCAGGCUCCUCUUUAAGUAGAAAAGUUUAUUUUUCAAUAUUUUACUACAUGUUGCUUCAUAUUGAAGAGGUUUUGUACUUACUAUUUCUAAGAAAUGCUAAAAGGCACUUGUCACAUCAUGAUGUAAAGUUCUGAUUAAUCUGACACAAUCAAAGACUUAUGCAAUCAUGCUUUUCACUUAUUUUCUGUCA